CGCUGUGGCGCCCCCUGGCGCCUCCUUGGCCCCGGGUUUCCCGCCUCGCUUCGCGCUCCUCGGCCUUCGCGGCCCCGCGAUGGAGGCGGCGGCUCCUGAGGGCGCCGAGCCGGGGAGCGCCGGGAGCGGCGCGGAGGAACCCGUGGUGUCCCUGGCGGAGGUGCUGGCGGAGAACGAGGAGCUGGAGAAGGAAGCGCGGGCCGUGCUGGGGGGCAGCGACCACGAGCGCUGCAGUUACUCACAGGGCGCGGUGAAGCGGCAGGCGCUGUACGCCUGCAGCACCUGCACGCCGCCCGGCGCCGAGCCCGCGGGGAUCUGCCUGGCCUGCAGUUACGAGUGCCACGGCACCCACCGGCUCUUCGAGCUCUACACCAAGAGGAAUUUCCGCUGUGACUGUGGGAAUAGCAAGUUCAAAAAUCUGCAGUGCAAGUUAUUCCCGGAAAAGAGCAAGGUGAAUUCAGGAAAUAAAUAUAAUGACAAUUUCUACGGAUUGUACUGUACAUGUAAAAGACCUUAUCCUGAUCCUGAAGAUGAGAUUCCAGAUGAGAUGAUCCAAUGCAUAGUUUGUGAAGACUGGUUCCAUGGAAGGCAUCUUGGUGCAGUUCCCCCUGAAAGUGGAGACUUCCAUGAAAUGGUGUGCCAGGCCUGCAUGAAUCACUGCCAUUUCCUAUGGGCUUAUGCAUCGCAAUUAGCAGUUCCUCCUUUGACCAAAGCGAACUCCCUUGAGAAUGAAGGGAUUGUCCUGAAGGUAGAGGAAAGUGAAGAGCAGAAGAAAGAAAUAAUAAAAGAAAGUGGAGUGGAACACCAAGACACAAAGGAGGAAAAGCAAUCGGAACAAUUUAAUGAACCAUCCACUAGCUCUGGGUCUGCCUGUCCUGAGGUAGUUACUAAGAGCGAGGAGCCAGUCUGCAAGCUGAAGGAGCUCCAAAGCAAGCCAUUUGUAAAAAAAGAUACUGCCACCUUUUGGCCAUCGAACUGGAGGAACAAAUUAUGCACCUGUGAAGACUGUUUGAAAAUGUAUUCAGAUCUUGAAGUCCAGUUCCUGACAGAUGAAUGUGACACUGUCUUGGCUUAUGAAAAUAAGGGUACCAGUGACCAAGAGACAGAGAGAAGAGAUCCUUUAAUGGACACCCUUAACAGCAUGAACAGAGUCCAACAAGUGGAGCUCAUCUGUGAAUACAAUGAUUUAAAGACGGAACUGACUGACUAUCUCAGGAGGUUUGCAGAUGAGGGAACGGUGGUUAAAAGAGAAGAUAUCCAGCACUUCUUUGAAGAAUUUCAGUCUCGGAAAAGGCGACGGACUAACAGGAUGCAGUACUACUGUAGUUAGACUGAAAGGGUUUGGGUCUGAAAGGACAACUGGGAAAACAAUGUUCACUGGCAAACAGAAAAGGCAUCUUCAGUUUUUGGCUUCUCAUCAAAAUCCAGCUGUCUGAGAAACAUCAUUUUGUCUUAUACUUCCUUUAUUUGUAGCACCUAAAACAUGUUCUUAACAAAUCCUUACACUGCAGUUAGAGGGAUUUCAGUACCGAUCGACUUUGCAUUCCCGUGAAAGCCGGCCUUGUCUCCAGGGGAGGAGGGCUGUUGCCACAGCUGUGUCCUGCUGCUUCUCUGUAGCCUCUUCCCUGGUUACUGCCAGGGCCUGGCGCUGUGGCUGUGCUAAACCCGCCCGGGCUCCGCCCUGCCCUGGCCUCGGCCGCAGGGAACGCGUUCCCGGCUUUCCUGCUUGAGUGGUUCUGUCUCCUCCCUCCCUUUGGGCUGUAGGGAUUCUGGUGAGGGCUCCCAGCACCGAGGAGGUGCCUGUCCCUGCCCGAGGGCUCGUGGCUCCUCAGCGGCUGGAGCGGCCUGGCUGUGGCUGAACCCAGCACUGCUGCCUGCCCACUCCCACUGGGGAAGCGCUCCCUGGGCUGCUCACAAAUGGGAAAGCAGAGCUUAGGCUUGAUGCAGCAGAGUGUUCUAGCUGGUUUUACACAUUAAAAAGCUUAUUUCUAGUAUGGGACAGGGAUGGUUUACAUGGAAAAAAAUUGUCACAUGAUCUUAGUUCACUCAAUAGAACAUAAACGAGAGCUAGGAGGAGUUAUUAAAUUACGAACUAAGCAUGGGGGGGUUUGUUAUAUGCUUUGAUUUUAAAAACUAGCCUACAGCAAAUUCUUCUACUUUAUAAAUGUUGCUGAAAACACUGCAGCAUCCUGGUAUUUUGCUACAGUAUGGAAUGUUCUUUUUAUAACCACUGUGAUAAUCACGGAACAGGAGAUGUUUCACUGACUUUUAAGACUACACUUAGCGGCAGUUAAGAAUAAAGAUUUUUAAAGUUUGGAGCCUAAUGUAGUUAGACCCCAAAACAUACAUUAAAGUUCUAGUUUUUGAGGAUUUCUGUAUCAUGGGGUACUACUCUGCUUCCGUGUUAAUGGUUUUUGAAAAGCAAAGGUAGGCCUUUAUCAUUCUCACUAUUAACUGUUUCUGACCACUUUAUUUACAAACAGUAGUUUAGCAUAGAUGCUCAGCUCAGCAGUUUCAUAGAACAUAGAAUAUGCUGAGUUGGAAGGGACCCAUCAGGAUCAUCGAAUCCAACUCCUGGCCCUGUGCAGGACACUCCAAGGGUCACAACAUGUGCCUGAAAGCGUUGUCCAAACACCUCUUGAACUCAGGCAGGCUUGGAGCUGUGACCACGUCCCUGGGGACCCUGUUCCAGUGCCCAACCACCCUCUGGGUGAAAAACCUUUCCCCGAGCUCCAACCUAAACCUCCUCUGACUCAGUUUCAUACCUUUGCUCAAGUCCUGGCACUGGUCUUGAGACUGAAGAGAUCAGUGCCUGCCCCUCCUCUUCCCCUCACAGGAAGUUGUAACUGCACUGAGGUCUCAGUCUCCUCUUGUCCAGGCUGAACUGACCAAAUGACCUCAGCUACUCCUCAUAUGGCUUCCCCUCAAGGCCCUUCAGUGUCCUCCUGGCCCUCCUUUGGAUACUCUCCAACAGCUUUGUAUUUUUUUAUAUUGUGGCACCCAAAGCUGCCCCCAGCACUCGAGGUGAGGCUGCCCCAGAGCAGAGCAGAGUGGGACAAUCCCCUCCCUUGCCUGGCUGGCGAUGCUGUGCCUGAUGCCCCCCAGGACACGCUUGGCCCUCCUGGCUGCCAGGGCACUGCUGACUCAUGCUCAACUUGCAGGUCCCUUUCCUAGUUUCUUUUAAAUUUAACUCUGGGUAUUGUACAUGCUCUUUUUUUGGUAGCAACUGUUACAGGAGUUGUAACUGCACAUCUAACUGCAAUAUAAAAAAGUUAAAAGAA